AUGACUGAAAAAGAGCAUUAUGAGCAACUCUGUUAUGCCUGCCGAAUUGCGGACGUGGAACAGGUCGAAAUGUUGGUUUCGUCAGGCAUAGACGUUAAUAGGGUUGAUGAAUGGGACUAUUCUCCUCUGAUUCUAGCUAGUUUGUGUGGUCAUUUGAACGUAGUGAAAUUAUUGCUCAAAGUUGGUGCCAUUUGUGAUCGAGAUACAUUUCAAGGAGAAAGAUGUAUAUACGGUGCAUUGAAUGACGAGAUUCGAAAUGUCCUUCUGAGUUACGACAUCAGUAAGAGUGUCAACGAAUCGCAGCCAUUUUCUGCUCAUAUACAUAAAUUAAUCAGUGGCAAGGCGACAGUGAAUACAAAGGACAUGCUGCUGAACAACUGUGUCCCUGUUCACAGGUGGUACAUAAGUAGCCAACAGGUUGGCAUCAGCAUCGAUCAUUCAAAUGUCACCUUGAACUAUGACACAAAAAUUGUUGAACAAUUGAUUAAGUUCUUGUACCUGUCUCCCCAGUUUCAAGUUAAUGAGUCGGACUUGAAGCCUCUUGUACAAUGUAGCAAGGAUUUUGGAAUAGCAUGUUUCCAGCAGUUAUGCAAUGAGUACUUGGAGCUCUCCGCGCAGAACGAUAUCAAGAGACUGUCCAAGUUGAGACAUAAAAUACAGUUUAGCCAAAGCUUGCACACAAGAGAUCUGUUAAAAGAAUUUGUGGAAACUCAAGUUCUCGGCGCAAAGAUUGAGCUGGGUUCUUCCACCGACAUUUCACCUGUCAAGGAGAAACUUUUCAACCUAGAAAGCUGUCCAGAUAUAAUACUCCGACUUGGAAAUGCAUUUUAUCCAGCUCAUCGAUCAAUGAUGGUAAGGUCGGGUUAUUUUGAUUUGAUGUUACAAUCCUCUUUUGCGGAAGCAAGCAGUUACAACGAACUUACGGACGUUAUAUACCAUAGAGACCAAGUCGAUCCAAAAGUUGAUAUACAAGUCAUUUCACUUACUGAAGAAAUUGCUGAUGAAAGGCUGUUUGAAAUUCUACUUCGAUACGUCUAUUAUGAUGAAACAUCUGUCCCAGCAAACCUCAGCUUGGAGACUCUGUACAUGAGUGAUCAGCUGAUGGUUGACAAAUUAAAGACCAUGGCCGCAAUCGCAAUCACAAAUGACUGGGAAAGUACAGGCUAUUCAUUAUACGAGAUCUUAGAGGCUGCUUGGGUGACAAGAGUACACAGAUUGGAAACGUUUGUUGCCCACGAGUUUGCCAAACAUUUUGACCACUAUGUCACGCAACCAGAGUUCAAAGAGGUAAUAAUGGAGAGUGCAAAUAGAAUUGAUGCUAGACAAGCGGUGGACUCUAUUGAACUCAUUGAUGACAUCAGGUUCUAUCUUACCCGAGUUUAUUCCAUUGAUUUCGAAAAACCUUAUCAUCCUGAAGUUGACUAUGAAAAAUGGGAAAUUCAACAGAUGAACAGUGACAACGUUAUUCAAUACAAUCGCUGUCUUCAGGAGAUUGAAAAUCUACUGGCUGAAUGUGGAUUUGACGCAUGA